AUGUUACUUAUUACUAGUAUUCUAUUGGCAGUGUUAUUCUUUGUUAUUAUCGCUUAUUUAUUCUAUAUUCAACAAGCAUAUGAAUUUUUUAAAAAUCUCAAUAUUCCUGGUCCCCCACCAAUACUUUUUUUCGGCAACUUUCUAGAGGUUAUCAAAACUAGACGAUUAUCUUUAACUAUUAAAAAUUGGACAGAAAAAUAUGGUCGUAUUUUUGGUUACUUCGAAGGACAUACACCAAUUUUAGUUAUAUCUGAUCCUGAUAUAUUACAAGAUGUAUUUAUUAAAUCAUUUUCAAAUUUUCAUUCACGCCGUACUUUUCCACUUCAAGAUCCAAAAUCCAAAGACGUACAUCUUUUCAGUGCUACCAGUCUUCGCUGGAAACGACAUCGCUUCAUUAUAAAUCCAAUAUUUUCGUCUGCAAAACUCAAACAAAUGACACCACUCAUUCAUCGAAGUGUUCUUACGUUCAUGAAAAAAAUGUCUGAAGAAUCUAAUAAAGGUCAACCAUUUGAUAUCUAUGCAUAUUAUAAACGAUUUACCAUGGAUACUAUAUGGUCAUGUGGCUUUGGACUUGAUACAAAUAUGCAAAAUAAUAUUAAUGAUCCAUAUUUAAUUUACUCUCAACAAAUGUUUGGUGAAAAUCGUAAUAUUAGGCUUAUUAUGUUAUUAAAUAUGUUUAUUACUGAACUUAAUCAACUUUGGAGAGCUAUCUAUAUACAUGGUGGUAAUAUACGUUAUUGGCUUCGGUAUUAUAUUCCGAUAACAAAAAAAUUUAUUCAAGAAAAUCCCUCUACAUGGAUUCUGCAAGAAGCACGUCAAUUCAUUAAUACUCGUGAAAAAUUUGGUUCGAUGAAUCGCGUUGAUCUUCUCCAGCUAAUGCUUGAAUCAGUCUCAGAUGAAGAUAGUAUUCAAGAUAUCCAAUCGUCGCAUACAGAAAAUAAAAAUAAGGAAGAUAUUGAACCACUACUCAAUCGAAAGCUUACCAGACAUGAAAUUGCAGCCAAUAUUUUUCUUUUCAUAAUUGCUGGUUAUGAAACAACAAGUACAGCACUUAGUUAUAUUUCUUAUGUUCUUGCUACUCAUCCAAAUGAACAACAAAAAUUACAAGACGAGAUCGAUGCUAAUUUCAUUCCUAAAACAGAAGAUGAUAUGCCAUCUUAUGAUACAGUAUUACAAAUGGAAUAUUUAGAUAUGUUUAUUCGAGAAACACUUCGUAUGUAUCCGAUAUUACCGAUGGUAAUCAAUCGUCAAAGUUCAGAAGAUUUUCAUAUCAAAGGUAUUGGUACGAUUCCAGCUGGUACACGGAUUGCUAUUGAUAUGUAUCGUUUACAUUAUGAUCCUGAUUUGUGGGGUCCUAUUGAUCCACAAAUAUUUUAUCCUGAACGAUUUGCUACAAAACGACAUGCAAUGGCAUGGAUUCCAUUUGGAGCUGGACCAAGAAAUUGUGUUGGAAUGCGUUUUGCUUUGAUUGAGAUAAAAAUACUUCUUGUUCGUCUUCUCAAAACAUACUCUUUUAUUCAAUGUGGAAAUAAAACGCAUCAACCAUUCAAACAACUGAAAGAAGGUUUUGUCAUAGCACCAAAAGAACUUAUUGUUCAAUUACAACACAGAUAUAAUGAUGAAUAA